AUGGAGAAAACUCCGGUACGACGGAGUAAGUCUGUAGAUUUAGAUGAUCCAUUCACACCGAUUCCAAAAUUGUCCAAUCUCCGAUCCCCACGAACAUCCCGAGAAUUCAUAUGUCCUCUGAGAACCACGCCUCCUCCAGAAGGCUCUGAAAAUUCAACGACUAUUCCACCAUCUCCAGUACGAAAACGUGGCAUUGAAGAGUCUUCAGUAACCCCUCUACACCGAAAAAAUGGGCCACCACUGUUGAAAAAAAGCUCGAUGAGCAAAUUAGCCGAUGGCUUUCGAUCGGCUGCGAAUCUAAUAAACGAAGGAGAGAAUGAUGAUGAUCCCUUCGGAUUGUCAUUCCGAAACUAUCAAAUUCUCUUGUCGAAAAAGGUUCCAGAGACUUCCAGACGAAUUCCAGAUGAAGAAGAAGUGAUAGAUCCAUCGAAAUGUCUUCCAGAACGAGCUAUGGAAAAGUACAAAAGGAUAAAAAAGCUAGAAAAAUUUUACGACUGGCAGCAAGAGUGUCUUUCCGAUAAGCGUCUGUUAAACGGAGAAAAUUGUAUUCUUUCAUUGCCAACUGGUGCUGGAAAAACGUUGAUCGCUGAGAUUCUGAUGCUUCGAGAAGCCAUAGUGCACAAGAGAAAUGCGAUUCUGGUGCUGCCCUACGUGGCAAUUGUGCAGGAAAAGAUUUCCUCGCUGGCUCCAUUUGAAGACGCAUUCGGCAUAAAUAUAGAAGAAUAUGCAUCUAACAAGGGUCGUUUCCCACCUAUAAAACGAAGGAAACGAGUAUCAGUCUACGUAGCAACCAUUGAAAAAGCCAAUAUGCUCAUCAACUCUCUUAUCACUCAAAACCAGCUUGACCAGAUUGGGAUGGUUGUUGUCGAUGAGCUGCAUAUGAUUGGUGACGGUGGACGUGGUGCAAUUCUAGAGCAGCUAUUGGCUAAAUUUCUGUACAAAGGGAGCGGACAGAUAGUUGGAAUGUCCGCGACACUUCCGAACAUUGAUGACCUACAAUUCGCCCUUCGAUCCUUUGUGUACAGCACUAACUUCCGUCCUGUGGAACUUGCAGAAUUCGUGAAGAUUGGCCAAACUAUGCAUCAAGUGGAGAAUGGUGGCGAUUUAAAACCAGCUGGUGAUCUUCCAACGAACAACUUGAAAUCCACUGAUCCCGAUGGCAUUUGCCAGUUGCUUGCUAAACUGAUACCAAAAAGUUCCGCCGUCAUUUUCUGUCCAAACAAGAAAAAUUGUGAGAAUGUGGCUGUGUUGAUUGCAAAAACUCUUCCAGCCCACAUCAGACAAGCAAAACGAGCGGAAAGUGAAGCAUUUCUGCAGUCCUAUCUAACGGAUAACGAUGAUGAGAGGAUGGACGCGGAUCUGAAACAAUGUAUUCUGUCUGGAGUGGCCUAUCAUCAUUCAGGUUUGACACAGGAUGAGAGGAAGUGUGUGGAGGCGGCGUUCAUGGAAGGUCUGAUCUACGUAGUAUGUGCCACAUCUACUCUAGCCGCCGGCGUCAAUCUCCCUGUCCGUCGUGUAAUCAUCAAAUGCCCAAUGGUUGGUAGAGAGCGACUAGGCAAAGCUCAAUACCUUCAAAUGGCUGGGAGAGCUGGAAGAGCAGGAUUCGAUACCAAGGGAGACUGCAUCACAAUAGUGAAACAAGGAGAGGAGGAACGAUGGUUCAGGGAAAUGCUGAAAUCCGAUAUUCCCAGAUGUAUGAGCUCUUUGUCGAGUGUUGAAGCGAUGGGAUCUUUUAUUUUGGAUAUGAUUGUGCUGAAAAUCGCAAAAAAUCUGGAAGAAGUGUUGCUUGGAGUACAGUACUCCUUGUAUGCCGCUCAAGAGUCUCCGGAUAAGAUUCGGGAACUCGUGGAAAAAAGUUUGCAACGUCUAGAAGAGCACCGCUUCCUCACCAUUGAAGAUAGAGAGAUCACACCCUCAGAUUUGGGUAGCGCAGUUUUCAAUGCUGGAUUUGCUCCGGAAGAGGCCACACGUCUACAUACCGACCUAAUUUCAUCCCUAAAUCAAGGUGUCAUUUUCUCUUCUCAUUUCCAUUUGCUCUUCAUUAUUACACCUUAUGAGCAAGUUUGCAAUAUCAAUUGGGAUCUUUUCUUGCUAUUGUACAACGCCUUACCACAAAGCGAACGAAAGCUAUUGGGAGAGUGUGGUCUCGAAGAGAAAUUCAUACUGGAAGCCAUAAUCACACGCGUAGAUCUCAUUGCUGGAACAACUCGAAUGCGUCUUUACAUUGCUCUCAUGCUCCAAAAAAUUUGGAAUCACGAGCCAAUGUUCCAGGUGGCAGAGCGGUUUGGUGUAGAGAAGGGAUGGUUGCAAGCGACACUUCAGUCCUCGAUUUCUCAGGCUGCAUCGAUUGCAAAGUUUUCGGAGAAAAUCACCACAAUGUGGCCACUGCGAAAAUUGCUCCCCGAGUUGGUACAGAGGCUUUCCGAAGCUGCUCAACCUGAAUUAUUACCUCUUAUGACUGUGGAUGGGGUCAAAAAGGCGCGUGCAGCGAUUCUGUUCAAAGCAGGCUACAAGACGGUUGGAAUGGUGAGCACUAAUGUCUUCCUUAUGACUACAAACUACAAAUUUCAGAUCGCUCGUGCCAACCCGCUGAAAUUGGUUCAAGAGCUAGGCACGAUUCGACUCGCCCAGGCAAAGUCAAUCAUCAACAGUGCAAAAAUGGUUCUUCGUGAUCAGGUGGAUGAGAAAAUGGAAGAGUUGGACGUUUGGGGUGUUGCCACUGAUAACUUUGAUUAUUUUUAA